CUGCCACCACCACCACCACCACCAUCACCAUGUCUUCCAUUAAGAUCGAGUGUGUUCUGCCAGAGAACUGCCGGUGCGGAGAGUCUCCUGUGUGGGAGGCAGCGACCAACUCUCUGCUCUUUGUAGACAUCCCAGCAAGGAAGGUUGGCCGCUGGGAUUCGCUCAGCAAGCGAGUGCAGUACGUGACUGUGGAUGCCCCGGUCAGCUCUGUGGCCAUUCGCAAGUCUGGAGGCUAUGUUGCCACGAUUGGAACCAAGUUUUGUGCUUUGAACUGGGACAAUCAUUCAACAGCCAUCUUGGCCACAGUAGACACAGAUAAGAAGAACAAUCGAUUCAAUGAUGGGAAGGUGGAUCCUGCUGGGAGAUACUUUGCAGGAACCAUGGCCGAAGAAACGGCUCCUGCAGUUCUAGAGCGGCACCAAGGCGCCCUGUAUUCCCUCUUUCCCAACCACCAUGUGGAAAAGUACUUCGACCAGGUGGAUAUCUCCAACGGUUUGGAUUGGUCCCUGGACCACAAGAUUUUCUAUUACAUUGACAGCCUGUCCUACUCGGUGGAUGCCUUUGACUAUGACCUGCAGACAGGGAAGAUCGCCAACCGCAGAAGUGUCUACAAGCUGGAGAAAGAAGAACAAAUUCCAGACGGGAUGUGUAUUGAUGUGGAGGGCAAGCUCUGGGUGGCCUGCUACAAUGGAGGCAGAGUGAUUCGUCUGGAUCCCGAGACAGGAAAACGGCUCCAAACGGUGAAGUUGCCCGUUGAAAACACAACAUCAUGCUGCUUUGGAGGGAAAGAUUAUUCGGAAAUGUUUGUGACCACUGCUCAGGAUGGACUGACCUCUGAGUGCGUAAUGAAGCAGCCUGAAGCUGGUGGGAUUUUCAAGAUAACGGGCUUGGGGGUCAAAGGGAUUCCUCCCUACCCCUAUGCAGGGUGAGUGAGGGGUCUUCUGUUCUACUGGAGGAACUUCUGGAAGCAACUCGAAAAUUCUGGAGCUGACAUUUUAAUGUAGUUACCAAGUAAUGAAGCAAAGAUAUUUUUAGCAGAGUUAGCUUUUUAUCUCCAUUUUUAGUAGAGCAUUUUGAACAAAGGGUGGCAGGUGGUUUGAUUACACACUUCUGUAAAAUAAUGGAAAUGAUUCUUCAGUCGUCAAUCAGUGUCUUGAGUCUUUGCAAACCGCUGGCAGAGGAAGUCUAGGGAAGGGAGCAUAGAUGCUUACUAUUCUCCACCCUAAUCUUCUUAUAUCUAGAGCUUAAAAGGGAAUAAACCGGGAGUUGGGCGGUAGCACAGCAGGUUAAGCGCACAUGGCACAAAGCGCAAGGACUGGCACAAAGAUCCCUGUUUGAGCCCCCUGGCUCCCCACCUGCAGGGGAGUCGCUUCACAAGCGGUAAAGCAGGUCUACAGGUGUCUGUCUUUCUCUCCCCCUCUUUGUCUUCCCCUCCUCUCUCCAUUUCUCUCUGUCCUAUCCAACAACGACAACAUCAAUAACUACAACAAUAAAACAACAAGGGCAACAAAAGGGAAUAAAUAAAUAAAUAAUUUUUUUAGAAAAAAAAAAAAAGGAAUAAACCAGGGCUGGCAAAACAGCUUGCUUGCUUGGACAAUGAGCUGAUAUGUCAUGUGUGCGACCCAAGUCCUAGGACUCCCACCACAUUGAAGGAAGCUGUGUUCUCUCUCUCUCUCUCUCCCUUUCUCCCUGCCUCUCUGUCUCUACCUAUAAUAAUCAUAAAAGAAAAAUGAAGAUUUAUCUUAAAGUAAAAAUAAAUUGUAACUGAUAA